AUGCUAGAUAAAGUUGAUGGUGUGCUGGGGUACAUCAAAAAGAUCAAGACUCUGGCGGAUCAGCUCGAUGCGGUCGGCGCUCUGGUCAGCAAGAAAGACUUGAUGAUCAUGCUUAUUGGUAGCCUAAGAGAGUCGUACCAGUUAUUGAGCAUGGCAUUGAACCCACGUAUGGACUAG